ACUGCCAUUUUACAAAACUGCUAAAGUGACAUACCACAACAACAAGUAAUUGGCAUGUAGUAGACAGCUUGUUUCCGAAAGUACAGUGUAAAUAACGUUAUAUUGUAAGCAAACAUCCACAACGACACUUUGUUUUAAGCACAAGUCAAAUUAACAGUGCCGUAAAAACACGGUGGGAAGAAGAUGAAUGGGUCUCUGGACCACCCCGACCAACCAGACGUUGAUGCCAUUAAGAUGUUUGUCGGACAGAUUCCACGAUCCUGGUCCGAGGAGCAGCUUCGUGAGCUGUUUGAGCCUUAUGGACCAGUGUAUGAGAUUAAUGUUCUCAGAGACCGCAGCCAGAAUCCACCACAGAGCAAAGGCUGCUGUUUUAUAACAUACUAUACUCGCAAAUCAGCCUUGGAAGCACAGAAUGCUCUGCACAACAUGAAGAUUCUGCCAGGGAUGCACCAUCCAAUCCAGAUGAAGCCAGCUGAUAGUGAGAAAAACAAUGGUGUGUUUGAUGUUGUGUUGAAUACAGCAGUGGAGGACAGGAAGCUGUUUAUUGGAAUGAUCUCCAAGAAGUGUAACGAGAACGACAUCCGACUGAUGUUCUCUCCGUAUGGACAGAUAGAGGAGUGUCGGAUACUUCGGGGCCCUGAUGGACUCAGCCGUGGUUGUGCCUUUGUGACAUUCACAUCAAGACAAAUGGCCCAGUCAGCCAUCAAGUCAAUGCACCAAUCCCAGACCAUGGAGGGCUGUUCAUCACCCAUCGUGGUGAAGUUUGCAGACACUCAGAAGGACAAGGAGCAGAAGCGCAUUGCCCAACAGCUGCAGCAGCAGAUGCAGCAACUUAGUGCUGCUUCCAUGUGGGGAAAUCUCACUGGGCUCAACAGCCUGGGGCCACAGUACUUAGCACUCUACUUACAGUUGCUCCAGCAGUCAGCCUCCACGGGGAAUGCACUCAACAACCUGCACCCUGUUUCAGGUCUUAACGCCAUGCAGAACCUGGCUGCUUUAGCAGCAGCAGCAACUGCCACACAGGCCACGCCCACAGGCUCCAGCGCCAUGACAACAUCUAGUAGCCCACUAAGCGCACUAACAAGCUCAGGCUCCUCCCCCAACUCCAGCAGCAACUCAUCAGUGAACCCCAUGGCUUCUUUAGGGGCCCUGCAGUCUCUGGCUGCUGGUGCUGGAGCUGGCCUCAACAUGGGCUCCCUGGCAGGCAUGGCAGCGCUGAAUGGCAGCCUUUCUAAUGGCUCAGGAAACACCAUGGAGGCACUGAGCCAGGCCUACUCAGGCAUCCAGCAGUAUGCUGCUGCUGCGCUCCCCAGUCUGUACAACCAGAGCCUGCUGUCCCAGCAGAGCGUGUCAGCCGCAGGCAGCCAGAAGGAAGCCAGUGACAGCCGCAGCACCGGCCCAGAAGGUGCAAACUUGUUCAUUUACCACCUGCCUCAGGAGUUUGGAGACCAGGACCUGCUCCAAAUGUUCAUGCCCUUUGGAAAUGUAAUCUCUGCUAAAGUCUUCAUUGACAAACAGACUAACCUCAGCAAAUGUUUCGGCUUUGUGAGCUAUGACAACCCUGUGUCAUCACAGGCAGCCAUCCAGUCAAUGAAUGGUUUCCAGAUCGGUAUGAAGAGGCUGAAGGUGCAGCUGAAGCGCUCAAAGAAUGACAGCAAGCCCUACUGAAGAUGCUGAGGGCGAUGCAGACCUAGUUAGGCAGGGUAGUGUUAUGGUAAGUGAAGUAUGAAUAACCAACUAAGACUGGUCUACUCGAAACCUGUCUGUGCAUGACAGGGUAAUGUCUGCUGCGCUGCCUCUCCGGGUCAUUACAACAAGUCCCAGCAAAGAGACACAUGAAGCUACAUGCAAGAGUUUUCAGGCUAGGCUGGAUUCUCCCUGUGUUAUGUUGUGGUUUAUGCAGUUUGUUUUUCUUUUAACAAAUAAGAGAAACAAAUGUAUUUUCAUUUAAGUUGAAAUGUUAUCAGUUUGCUGUGUUACAUAAUACACAUAUGAGCUGAUUGUUAGGAUGUGUUGCACACAUCGACAGUCAGGUGCCAAACCCAUCUGUUUGUUCUUCCUGUUCUACCUCCCCUGAACCACCCAGACCCAGGACAAAGCUCCUGAAAGGAGGCAGCAGCUUAAAAAGACAGAGCCACAUUCGUUUAGGAACAGAAAUCAUUGCUCGGUUUUCUUUUACAUUUUCACAAACCAAAAUGCUUUCCCUUAUGUAUGUGUUGGGUAUGUGUAUUAUCUCUUGAAAUGGAGACAGUGUAUGUGAUAUAGACCUAAAUUAGUUUUAAGGCACAGAAGCUUAGAUUGUUUAGAAGAGGGAGCUCCACCAAAACAUGCACCUGGCAUUUAGACAUAUGUAUGGGACAAAGGAAAGGAAAAAACAGAAUAAACAAGUGGAGAAACAUAUCAGAUGCAGAUGCUUGGUGCAGCAGCGCUCACUGAACGAUUUGGUGAGGCUUGUUCCACAGCGUGGUGGCCUGACCCUAUACUGAGACACUUCAUGUGGGUUUUUCCUUUCAAUUGUCACCCAUCUGUAUGUGUCUAAAUGUGUGUGUGUGUGUGUGUGUGUGUGUGUGUGUGUGUGUGUGUGUGUGUGUGGGCAUAGUCCAAAUCAGUGACUGUUGGAGCUGUUGACAUCUUAUUCCCGUUUCUCUUGUGUUUCAACUCUGAGCUAAAGUCACUGAAGUCAGGUUUAACCAACACCCCUCCAUGACCUUCCUCCUGAUCUGCUGUGCUCGUAUGGUUGUCUCUGUUAACUGAGUUAAUUUGAAGAUGACACAUUAGCAGCUGUUGCAUGGCUUACACUUAUCAAGUGGCCUUGGGCCUACACUUUUGCUUAUGGGUUGUGUUGUAUACAAACAAUGGCUGGAAUGGAUUUCUGUAUGACUAAAUAUUAUACUUCUAUCAA